AUGGCUUCAACAUUAUCAUCAAAGAUCCAGCGAUCUGCUAUCGUGCUGUCUUCCGCCGCAGUCAGAACCCCGGCGCGCAGUGCGGUAUCACCAGCCGCAUCCUUGCACCGAGCUAUCUCCGCACCAGCAAGAGGACUAGUUACUUCUCCUCAGAGACGUGUUGUCCCUGGUCUCCUGGCACCAUCAUGCAGUCUCCAAACCAAGCCAAGCCUGAACACCAAGAGUGCGAGUGCGCGCCAAGUGCAGACACGGUGGAAUAGCGAUGACGCUAGCUCGGUCAAACUCCGGGAAUGGGGUUUCGAAGAUAUCAAUACUGCCCUCCCAACCUCAUCCCCCGAUUCCCCAACCCACAAGCCCAUAAUCCUAGUCGACGUGCGCGAGCCCGCCGAACUAAAAGGCACGGGUAUAAUUCCUACUGCAGUGUGCGUCCCGAUGGCAUCACAGGGAGACGCAUGGUACCUCACGCCAGACGAAUUCGAGACCCGGUUUGGAUUCGCUAAGCCCGAUCCCACGGAGGGCGAGGGCGAGCCUGCGCAGAUGGUCUUCUAUUGCAAGGCUGGUGUGCGGGCUGUGGCAGCGGCGCAGAUGGCUGUGCAGGCUGGAUAUGAUCCUGCUAAUAUUGGGGUUUAUUAUGGUAGUUGGUUGGAUUGGGAGAGGCACGGAGGGAAGGUUGAGAGGUGGGAUGGGGAUGAUUAUUGA